AUGCGCGCGCACCAGCGUCCCGAGGAGGGCUUCAAAUCGCCUGCGGAGGGCGAGCGGUCCGCGCGCGUUGUGCUGUCUAUAGCGCGGUCACUUGACUCAACACCUUUGACGGCGAGGUACACUCGGUACUCAGUGCACGACCUGAACCGGUCACUGACCGAUACCGUCGCGAUCGCAACGACCUCCGCCCUUAGAAGGCGCCGUCCGACUUUACCACGGCGUCCCUUUCGUUUCCCUGUACCUUACUUGCUACAGCAGGUAACACCGAUAGCGUGA